AUGUCAUUGACUGUCGCAUACAUUCCAGAACAUUUCCUGACUCCUCUCUUUUUUGCCCAAGAUAACGGAUACUACGCCGAUGCUGGCAUCGAAGUCAAGUUCGUGCCUGUCAUUGAGGGCAGUGGAAGACUCAUUAAGCUCUUGAAUGAGGGUGAAGUGGAUGUGGCUAUUGGUCUCACCGAAGCCUUUGUGAGUGACAUUGGCAAAGGAAACGAUAAAAUUAACGUUAUUGGUACCUAUGUGGAAAGUCCCUUGUGCUGGGCCAUCUCUUCUGGUAUAGAUAGAGAGGAUGUGACGAAACCAGAGGACUUGGCUGGUAAGAGAAUCGGUGUUUCUAGAAUCGGAUCGGGCUCAUACGUUAUGCUGUUUGUACUUGGAUUGCAAUUGAACUUCCCUACUCCAUAUUUCAGCGAUUUCCCUAUCUUGUCCAACUUCAAGAACUUGAGAGAUGCUGUCAACCAGAAGUACAGUGAAGAAGGUACUCCCAAGCACGCCGAAGCAUUCAUGUGGGAACACUUCACAUCCAAAAAGUACUACGACUCUGGAGAAAUCAAAAGAAUUGGAGAAAUCUACACCCCAUGGCCUUCUUGGGUUGUUACUGUGAGGAAAGAGACCAACACCGAGACGGUGAAGAAGUUCUUGGGCGCAGUGAACAAAGGAAUUGCAUACUUCUUGCAGAACCCAGACGAAGCAGUCAAGCACAUUUCUACCAAUCUCGAUUACUCCGCCGAGGAUGCCAAGGAAUGGUUAAAGACAGUCAAGUUCAAUGAACAGUUGGGAGAGAAGGAGAUUGACUGGGAGAGAGUUGUUCUGAACACCACCAAGGUAUUGAAGACCGCAGGAGUUCUUGAAGAAAAGCCUGAAGUGGACGAGAACAUUAAAAAUAACAUCUAUUCCCUCUUGAAGUAA